AUGGCACAGCUUAGAUGCCCGAUUCUGGGGAUUCACCCGGCUGGGGAAAUGCGCCUCAUCAGCCACGAGAAAUGGCCUCGGCCCUGUGCAAGAGCCGCAUCAGCGCAAGCUGUCGUGGAUUGGGAUGGUCCUGACGAUCCUGCCAACCCUAAGAACUGGAGCUUGGGACUCCGAAUAUACCAUACGGCUCUACCGGCACUGUACGGAUUUUCGGUCUCGAUCGGUACAUCCACCUACGCGCCGGCUGUCUUUGACGUUCAAGGCAAGUUUAAUGUGAGCGAGUUUGUUGCUCUGCUGGGGCUCUCGCUCUUUGCGCUUGGAUUGGCCGUAGGCCCGAUUCUGGGCGCGCCGAUCUCUGAAACACGCGUGACGCUACCUUUGUUCCUACUCUUCACAACCUUCAUCAUAUGCCGCUUCAUCUCAUCGACUGUUGGGGCGGGCACGGUCGCCGACAUUUGGGAUAUGGAGCACGGUGGCGGACUUGCCACAGUUCUGAUCGUCUCGACGUUCUUCAUGGGCCCGAGCAUAGGUCCUUUGAUCGGAGGGUAUACGAUGCAGCUGCAUCAAGACUGGCGCUGGAUUCAAUGGGUGAUGAUCAUGAUUGCUGGCCCGAUCGGUCUUGCUGCACUACCGGCGCGUGAGACCAGCAAGAAGAUCAUUCUUACACAGCGAGCCAAAGCUCGGGGUGAACCGGGACCUCCCAAGCCCACCCUCACAGUGAUGAUGAAGCAGCUGCUCGUUGUGACGCUCAUCCGACCGCUGAAGAUGUUGGUAACCGAGCCGAUCGUGGCAAGCUGGGCUCUGUAUCACUCGUUUGUCUUCGGCGUUCUAUUCGCAUUCUUCGACAGCUAUCCGUACGUUUUCAUCCGUACCUACGGCUUCACCUUCGCCCAGGUCGGUCUUGCAUUUCUCGGCAUCUUGAUCGGCACAGUUCUGGCCGUCCUGACCUUCAUCGCCAUUGAUAAAACAAUCUAUCAAAAGAAGAAGCUUGCUUCGUAUCCGAGUAAGCCAGCUCCGGAAGAAAGGUUGUAUGUCAGCAUGCUAGGUGCUUUCGGUGUACCUGUUUCACUCUUCUGGUUUGCCUGGACCGCUCGCCCUGAUAUUAACUUCAUGGUUCCGAUUGCAGCGGGCGUUCCUUUCGGGUGGGGCAUUGUGACUUUGUUCCUGGGCGGCAUGACCUACUUGCUUGAUACUUAUGGAGCCCUGUACGGUGCGUCUGCUUCGGCGGGAAACGGGCUUUUGAGGUACUGUUUUGGAGCGGCUUUCCCAUUGUUCACGGUGCAGAUGUAUGAAAAACUGGGUAUAGCCUGGGCGACCAGUUUGCUGGCAUUCAUCGGAGUAGCAUUACUCCCAAUUCCGUUUGUGUUGUACCGACUCGGCCCAGCGUUGAGGGCAAAAAGUACUUUCACAUAG